UGGUGUUUCAUUUAAAACCUGUUCACUUUCAAGAUUUUUUUAAAAGGUCCCUGAACGCAGCGUAAACUUGUUCAGAUUAAACUUUUAUUUUCUAGUUUUUAAAGUUUGGUCUCGCAGGUUUUCUGAUGUUUUUGUGGAAAACUGUUUCAGCAUCACCAGUGGCGUUGGAGGAAACCAGUGGAGGAAGUGGGAGGUUUCUGGUCUCUGAAGGCGCUCACCGUUCUGAACUCACUGUCAAGAUGGAAAUGGUUUUUCUGCGUCUGCUCUUUCUGACCUCUUUGCUGUGCAGCUCGACACAUCAAGCUCGUCUUGUUGUGGAUUUCAGCUCCUCUCAGCUUUUUGAAGGAACCCGGGUGACUCUGAAGUGUGAGGCGGACGACGGCUCUGAAGGAUGGACCAUGAAGAGAAACACAACCAAACGCCAGUCAACAUGUGGAGACGGCUGGGGGAAAAGGACCAACUCCUCCUGCACCAUCGAAUUCCUCUUUGUACAGGACUCUGGCCUGUACUGGUGUGAGUCCAUGUCUGGAUCCUCCAGCAGCAGCAGCAGCAUCCAGCUCUCUGUCUCUGGUGGAUCAGUGAUCCUGCAGAGUCCUGUCCUCCCUGUGAUGGAGGGAGAUGACGUCACUCUGAGCUGCAGAGCAAAGAGUCCAGCCCACAACCUCCCAGCUGCUUUCUAUAAAGAUGGUGUCUUCAUUGGCAAUGAGUCUUCAGGUCACAUGACCCUCCUCCAUGUCUCCAGCUCUGAUGAAGGCCUCUAUAACUGCAGCAUCAGCGGUCAGGGAGAGUCUCCAUCCAGCAGGAUCUCUGUCAUAGCCAAACCUGCAGCCACCCCGCCAUCCUCCGGAGCCGCGCCCUCCACCUCUGGCCCCCUACAGCUCGCAUACACAGUGCUGCGCCACCUGGUGGUGUUCUGUCCAUACUUCAUCUCAACCAUCAUCAUGGUGUCGUUAUAUCAGCCCAAACCGUUUGCAGAAACCAACCUGGAAAGUUCCCCACCCACAGAGUCUGAGCCAGGAAUAGAGGUCAAGGUCGAGGUUACUGCAAAGAACUGUGUGUAAUUUCAGAGACAAUGUUCCUGUCAAAAUGUAUCAAAAUGUAUAUUUCAUGAUCAGUUUAUUAAGCUUUCAAAGGUACUGAAGCCUCCCUUUAUUCUGAAGGGGAAAACAUGUUCCUUAAACAUGUCAGAGAUUUUAAAUAUGAGAUGCAGACUGGACACCCUAAAGGAGAAAACCUCAGGAAGUUUCUGAAAUAAAAAAUAUUAUGAGAAUAACACAAUAUCAUCUGCAUAGAGGAAAAUCCUUAUGAGGAAAACUGUCAGUUUCACGGUAAACUUUGGCGUGUUACAGCUCUGUUACAGCGCCACCUGCUGCUCAUGAACUAGACUGACAUGUUUUUAUCGUUUAUAGUGACUUUAAUAUAUGAUGACCUUAUAUUAUUUGUUGUAAUAUUUCAUGUGUUCAUAAAAAAUAGACAUUUAUAAAACUGAA